AUGAGACGGAUUCGCCAGCGGUUGGACUUCGGCUGCAGUGAUGAAGAGGACGGAGAGGAAGAGUCUUUGACACAACCUGUCGGGACUGCAGCGACCCGAACCGCGAACACUCGCCUCGUGUUCGAACUCCAGUCUAAGAGAGGAGGCCUUCAGACUUCAGCCACCUCAGCUCGUCCACUUAAAUCAGAGCUGAAGAGGAGACGAGCUCCACUGAUCAAUAUAAACCCAUUCACCCCCGACUCACUGCUCGUCCAGAAGGAGACCUCCAAGAGGAACAACUGCAAGAGAGCCUACGGGAAUGACUUAUUUGAGGACUCAAGUGAAGCAGAAUUUGAAGAGGAAUUCAUCCCCCCAUUAAAGAGAAAGACUGUUGUUGGGUGUUACUUGUCUCGCUAUGCAUCUGAAUUCCAUGAGCUGGAGCAGAUUGGCUCUGGAGAGUUUGGAGCUGUUUUCAAGUGUGUGAAAAGACUUGAUGGGUGUAUUUACGCCAUCAAGCGCUCCAAGAAGCCCUUGGCAGGUUCUGUGGAAGAGCAGACUGCUUUGCGGGAGGUGUAUGCUCAUGCAGUGUUGGGACAGCACCCCCAUGUGGUGAGAUAUUACUCUGCGUGGUCAGAGGAUGAGCACAUGCUGAUACAGAAUGAGUUCUGUAAUGGUGGCACGCUCUCAGACCUUAUCACAGAGAACGAGAAAAGGCUAAAGCUUCUCUCUGAAGUUCGCCUAAAGGAUCUGCUUCUGCAAGUCUCCCGGGGUCUGAAGUACAUCCAUUCUGCUUCACUUGUUCAUAUGGAUAUCAAACCAAGUAAUAUAUUUAUAUCUCGAAGAACAGUGGGCCAUGCUAUACAUGUGGAUGGUGAUGGAUCAGAUGCAGACGUUGUGUACAAAAUAGGGGAUCUUGGCCAUGUAACCCAUGCAAGCAGUCCAAGAGUGGAAGAGGGUGACAGCAGAUUUUUAGCAAAUGAGAUCCUGCAGGAGGACUAUGGGAAUCUACCUAAGGCAGACAUUUUUGCCCUGGCACUCACAGCGGUGAGUGCCUCGGGUGCAAAAGCACUGCCGAAGAAUGGGGAAGUGUGGCACACCAUACGCAGAGGGCAGCUCCCGUACAUACCUCAAGUGAUCUCGCCAGAUUUUCAACAUUUGCUGAAGCUGAUGAUACACCCUGAUCCAGCCUGCAGACCAUCGGCAUCAGCCCUCACCAAACACCCUGUUCUCUUAUCCACCUCCAAACUGAGCGUAGACUCACUGCAGGAGCUUCUGAAUGCGGAGAAAUUCAAAAAUGCACUUUUGCUGAAGGAGCUGAAGGAAGUCCAGCUGGCCACAGUAGCUGCACAGGAGAACGCCCAUGACACUGCUUCUUGCACCACUGGACGCAGCUGCAACAGACUGUCUGUACAUGCUGGGAAAAAGAUGACCCGCUCACUCAGCUUAACAAUGUUUUGA